UGACUGUGUGUGUGUGUGUGUGUAUGCGUGUGUGUGGAGUUGGUUGGGCUUUGAGCUAUGGAAGCGGACGCGAGUCAACUCACCUCUGGAAGCCCGAAUGAUUCGCAACACGACCCGGGUAAAAUGUUUAUCGGUGGCCUCAGCUGGCAAACCUCACCAGACAGCCUUAGAGACUAUUUCAGUAAAUUCGGGGAGAUCAGAGAAUGUAUGGUGAUGCGCGACCCCACAACCAAACGCUCCAGAGGGUUUGGCUUCAUCACGUUUGCUGAUGUUUCCAGUGUAGAUAAAGUCUUAGCGCAACCACACCACGAAUUAGACUCCAAGACGAUUGAUCCUAAGGUCGCCUUUCCUCGACGCGCUCAACCCAAGAUGGUCACAAGAACAAAGAAAAUAUUUGUGGGUGGAUUAUCAGCGAGCACAGUCGUUGAAGAUGUGAAACAGUAUUUUGAACAGUUCGGAAAGGUAGAGGAUGCCAUGUUAAUGUUUGACAAAACUACAAACAGACAUAGAGGCUUCGGCUUCGUAACGUUUGAGAAUGAAGACAUUGUAGAGAAAGUCUGUGAAAUUCAUUUUCACGAAAUCAAUAAUAAAAUGGUAGAAUGUAAGAAAGCCCAACCAAAAGAGGUGAUGUUUCCUCCAGGCACGAGGGGGAGGGCGAGAAGUCUUCCGUACACCAUGGAUGCUUUCAUGCUGGGCAUGGGCAUGUUGAGUUAUCCAAACAUUGUGGCAACGUAUGGUCGUGGAUACACAGGAUUUUCUCCUAGCUACAGUUACCAGUUUCCAGGUUUCCCAGCGGCUGCGUACGGACCCGUGGCGGCAGCAGCAGUGGCGGCGGCACGAGGCUCAGGGUUCCCCGAUUACGGCUUUUAUUCUGGGCCCGGUGACCAGCGGGGCACUCCCUGCUCCUUUGCCGACUUUGCCACCCUGGGGCCCCAUAUGGGUCAGAUGCUGCAAAGCGAGCACGUCACCUCUACCUGCAACUCACCCUCCCAGCACCACCCAAGCCCGGACCACUUUAAGAGCUCAGGUGCUAAUCCUCCACGGCCUGGAGGUUUCCCCGUUGCAAACAGUCCUGGACCCGUGGCAGACUUGUAUGGCCCCAGCAGUCAGGACCCCGCUGUGGGAAAUUACAUCAGUGCUGCCAGCCCCCAGCCGGGCUCGGGGUUCAAUCACAGUAUUGCAGUGAGUAGAGCUCUCUUACACUCCCUCGGUCAUGCUGAUGUGGCCAAGAGAUUCGAAACUGAGAAAUCAGAGUCUGAUUGGCUGUUCCUCCUUUGUGACUCACUUUUUAUGGCAAGGGCUUGA